UGCAGUGCAUGCUGGGAAUAGUUUCCUGGUUUCCUGCUGAAGAUCACGCUGGAACGAACGCUGGGAAUUAUCUCCAUUCUCCUGGGAUUUAUAGUACUUUCCCUUGUUUGUUUCAGGGGCGUCUAGAGGAAAACCCGGGCACUGGGCUAUUAAAUGUGAAGGAAGAGGAUGAGACAGAUGACAUGAAUAGUCAUCAGACUGAAAUACAUUGCUCCCUCCCUGCCGAUGAAGAUAAAGCUGAUAUAGUGAAAGCUGAAAUACCAGAAUAUCUGUGUGUGAGGCAUCAGCUGGGAGACCCUAAUGAGGAAACCAGUGACCGUAUCAGCCCAGGCUGUAUGGAUGUGACACCUUCAGAUGGCUCAGCGGUUGAGCACAGAGGAGAACCGUAUGUGUGUGAUCACGUGAAGACUGAGGAGGAUGAAGUUCCUAUAAAUAUGGCUACAGGUGAUGUUAAGACUGAAGUCACACUUAAUGCUGAACAAACAAAUGAUCUGUAUGUAAAGAGUCAGCAGGAAGCUGUGAAGCAGGAAAUCCAUGACACUAUCAGUACAGGUGAAUUUGCAAACUGCAGUAAUCCUAGUCAUGUUGAAAGUACAGAUACUUCUUUUAAUCUUCUUCAAAAUCAGAGAAGCAACGUGGGAAAUGUAUGCUGUGAAUAUGGAAAAUGUUUUACCAGGAAAUCAAAUCUUUUAAGGCAUUGGAAAAUUCAUACAGGAGAAAAAACGUUUUUAUGUUCUGAAUGUGGGAAAUGUUUUACUGAUAAAUCAACUCUUUUUAGACAUCAUAAAAUUCAUACAGGAGAGAAAACAUUUGCAUGUUCUGAAUGUGGGAAAGGUUUUACUCAGAAUUCAUAUCUUAUUAGACAUCAGAAAAUUCAUACAGGAGAGAAAGCAUUUGCAUGUUCUGAAUGUGAGAAAUGUUUUACUGAUAAAUCAACGCUUAUUAAGCAUAAAAAAAUUCAUACAGGAGAGAAAGCAUUUUCAUGUUCUGAAUGUGGGAAAUGUUUUACCUUGAAAGCACAGCUUAUUAGGCAUCAGAAGAUUCAUACAGGAGAGAAAGCAUUUUUAUGUUCUGAAUGUGGGAAACGUUUUGCUCAGAAGAUACAACUUAUUGUGCAUCAGAAAAAUCAUACAGGAGAGAAAACAUUUUCAUGUUCUGAAUGUGGGAAAUGUUUUGCUUGGAAAGCAAAUCUUACUGCUCAUUACAAAUUUCACACAGGAGAGAAAGAAUUUCCAUGUUCUGAAUGUGGGAAAGGUUUUACUCAGAAAUCAUAUCUUAUUAGACAUCAAACAAUUCAUACAGGAGAGAAAGCAUUUGCAUGUUUUGAAUGUGAGAAAUGUUUUAAUGAUAAAUCAACUCUUAUUAAGCAUCAGAAAAUUCAUACAGGAGAGAAAGCAUUUGCAUGUUCUGAAUGUGGGAAAUGUUUUACCUUGAAAGCACAGCUUAUUAAUCAUCAGAAGAUUCAUACAGGAGAGAAAGCAUUUUCAUGUUCUGAAUGUGGAAAAUGUUUUGCUCAGAAGAUAAACCUUAUUGUGCAUCAGAAAAUUCAUACAGGAGAGAAAGCAUUUUCAUGUUCUGAAUGUGGGAAAUGUUUUGCUUGGAAAUCAAAUCUUAUUACACAUCAGAAAAUUCAUACAGGACAGUAAGUAUUUUCAUGUUCUGAAUGUGGGAAAUGUUUUAGAGUGAAAUCAAUUCUUAUUACACAUCAGAAAACUCAUACAGGAGAUAAAUUUUCAUGUUCAGAAAUCAAAUCUUAAGCAUCAGAAGAUACAUACAAGAGAGAAAGUAUUUUUAUGUUCUAAAUCUGGAAAAUGUUUUACUGAGAAAUCAACUCUUAUUACACAUCAGAAAAUUAAUCAAAUGCAAAAUACUAUCAAUCCUAUGCCCACUGACACUUAAAAUGAUCCACAAUAAAUAAAAGCAUACAACACCA